AGGAUUUGUUUGGACCCUAGCUUGGAGGGCUACGCUAUCUGAGUAGGCCGCCGCCAACCUGGACGACGAGAAACCCACAGAUUAGUGAAGUUGCCCGCCUUGAUAAGCACGGGAAGAGAUUUUAUUGAGCAGGGUUCCAACUCUACGGCAUAUCUGGGGUGCAUAUAUAUCUGGUAAUGGAUCGUGUUUAUAUCCAUCAGAGGCCUCUUGCUCUCCCAGCCUUCUUCAGCUCGGUGUUUCUCCUUCUUCGCGCCCACCGCUGCGUAAGUCAAGACGACGCGCCACCGCCAUCAUGUCCAAGUUUGACGCCGCGCCCCUUAACACCCACGCGGGUGGGAAUGAUGAUGCGCUUCGAGGGCAGGGCUCGCUACCUAUGAGUCCGACCGUCGAUGGCGAUGAAAGGGUCGACAUGGACGCGUACCAGAAAGCUGUUCCGCUUUGGAAGCGCGUCUACCACCAUAGUUUGACGCAGAUGAUGCUGCUGAGCAUUCAGGCAUUCUGCGGGCCGGCCAUGGCGGAUGCGAUCGCGGGUCUUGGCGGUGGUGGUCUCGCGACUCCACAGACAUCCAACAUUGCUACCGCAAUCAAUUACAGCAUGUUAGCAACCGUCUGUCUAUUUGGCGGCCCCAUUGUCAAUAAGCUUGGAACGAAAUGGGCGUUGGUCAUCGGGGCCAUGUCAUUCCCUAUCCGUGGCUCGUCAUACUACUGCAACAGUAAAUUCGGCACUCAGUGGUAUCUCAUCUUCGGAGGAUUCUUUACGGGAAUCGGUAGCGGCUGUUGGUACGUCGCCGAAUCUGGGUCUAUCAUGUCACUCGCUCCAUCUGGUGCCCGUGGCAAAUACCUGGCUCUGUGGAUCGUGGCCCGAAACCUUGGGCAGCUAGUUGGAGGUGCUAUCAACCUCUCCAAGAACCAUGAGAAGGGAGCUGUCGGCGGGGUUACACCUGAUACUUACGUUGCGUUCUUGAUAAUUGAGAGUCUGGCCUUGCCGUUUGCUUUUCUCAUUGCUCCCCUCGAGAGGGUCGUCCGAUCGGACGGGACGAGAAUCCUAGUAUCCGAGAAGCUUACUUUCAAGCAAGAAUUCAAACUCAUCAAGUUUACCAUGUCCUCUAAACUCAUACUGCUCUCGGCUCUAUGGGCGGUGUGGUCAUUCUUCUAUAGCGGUACUUGGUCCACUUACCUAGGAACGUACUUCUCCGUUCGUUCCCGCGCCCUGUCUUCUCUCGUUUCCCCAUUCUUCUGCAUCGUUGGGUGCUUUGGGCUGGGCUUUAUCCUCGAUAUCAAGACCCUCAGCCAACGUCGUAGGGCCCAGCUCGGUCUCUUCACUGUUGUCAUCCUUAACUUGGGCGUGUACAUCUGGUCUAUUAUUAUACAGGUUAGAUUCAACGACGUGAACCCUGGAAAGAUCGAUUGGGACGAAUCGCUAUAUGCUUCGUCUUUCCUCCCGUACUUCUUUGUCCAGACUACAGGGCCGCUAUCGCAGUCGUACAUGUACUGGCUCCUGUCGUCCUUUGCGACAGACGCCCAAGCUAACGUCCGAAACGGUGCCGCAUUCCGAUGUCUCGAAGCCGUCGGCCAAGCCAUUUCUUACGGAAUGAAUACUCAGAUCAAAGCUAAUCCCCUCAUCGGGUUUUGCGUUACCUUUGGUCUCAUGGCAGCAUCGAUAGCACCGAUGCUGGUGCUGGUGAACGCUACGCCAGAUCGCAUUCCCGCCGACGUGAUUCUAGAGGCGCAGGAAGCUGAGGAGGAGAAAAAGAUCGAGAAGCUCAAAGCCGAGGUAUAA